ACCCCGAACUGAGGACGGAGAGCACGGAGGACAAAUCCCCCCGGCAGAGCCUGGCGGGAGAGGCCGUUUUGAAGGGCUCCACGGUGCAGGAAGGCAGCGGGGAGGGAAAGCCACGAAGGUCCCCCAGGAGGAGGGGCUCCAAAGCCAGCCCAGGGUGCUCUGAGGAGGAAAGAGCCAGCCUGUGCCGGGAAGGCGGCGAGAGCUUGAGCCAGACUGCGACCAGGAGGUCCAUGAGCAGCCUCCCACUAGGAAAAAGCCCUUCAAGUGCUUGGAAUCACAUCCACAUGGGAGAACGGCCCUACACGUGUGGGGAAUGUGGGAAGAGCUUCCGCCAGAGCUCCCACCUCCUCACCCACCAGAUCAUCCACGCCCGAGAACGGCCCUACAAGUGCUUGGAAUGUGGGAAGAGGUUUCAGAGCAGUGGGAAUCUCCUCCUGCAUGAGCGGACUCACACAGAUGAGAGACCCUUCCUCUGCACCCACUGUGGGAAGAGCUUCAACCGCAACUCCCACCUUGUCACCCACCAGCACAUCCACAGCGGGGAGAGGCCCUACGUGUGUGACGAGUGUGGGAAGAGCUUCACCCAGAGCUCUGGCUUGACCUCACACCAAAGGACCCACCAGUAA